CUUCAAUCAACCAAGAUAGAACAAAGAGCCAAAGAGCCCAAUGGCCAGCUCUCUCAGUGCCACCACCCCGAGCCUCACCUUUGCUUCCCAAACCCUUUACACAAGGCUCUCUAUCCCGCUCUCACUCUCUCUUCCUCUCUCUUCUUCGCACUUUCUCUCUGAUCCCAAAACCCUAUCGUCUCUCUCUCGCCACCACCGCGGUCUACUCUCUCACUGCCACAGCCACAGCCACCGCCACCGCCGCGCCUUCGCGGCUCGCGCGGAGUCAGAGAACGGCGCCGAGCCGGCUCGCCCUUACGACUUCGACCUCUUUACGAUCGGCGCCGGCAGCGGCGGGGUCCGCGCCUCCCGCUUCGCCUCCAAUUUUGGCGCCUCCGUCGCCGUCUGUGAGCUCCCCUUCUCCACCAUUUCCUCCGACACCACCGGCGGUUUCGGCGGCACGUGUGUACUUCGCGGAUGUGUACCAAAGAAACUACUAGUAUACGCAUCAAAAUAUUCUCAUGAAUUUGAAGAGAGUCAUGGUUUUGGAUGGAAAUAUGAUGCUGAACCCAAACAUGACUGGAGCACCUUGAUGUCUAAUAAGAAUGCUGAGUUGCAGCGCCUUACUGGUAUCUACAAGAACAUUCUGACAAAUGCUGGUGUUAUGUUAAUUGAAGGUCGUGGAAAGAUUGUGGACCCGCACACAGUUGACGUAGAUGGGAAGCUAUAUUCAGCAAGACACAUACUAGUUUCAGUAGGUGGCCGUCCCUUCAUUCCUGAAAUUCCAGGAAGUGAAUAUGCAAUAGAUUCAGAUGCUGCCCUUGAUUUGCCCUCAAAGCCCAAGAAAAUAGCAAUAGUUGGUGGUGGGUACAUUGCCGUGGAGUUUGCUGGCAUCUUUAAUGGCUUGAUAACUGAGGUCCACGUAUUUAUAAGGCAGAAAAAGGUUUUAAGGGGUUUUGAUGAAGAGAUCAGAGAUUUUGUUGCAGAACAAAUGUCUAUAAGAGGAAUCGAGUUCCACACAGAGGAGUCACCCCAAGCUAUCAUUAAAUCUGCUGAUGGUUCAUUGUCUUUGAAGACCAACAAAGGAACAGUUGAAGGAUUUUCACAUGUUAUGUUUGCGACAGGACGGAGGCCUAAUACAAAGAACUUAGGAUUGGAGACAGUAGGGGUGAAAAUGACCAAGAAUGGAGCAAUAGAGGUUGAUGAAUACUCCCGUACAUCUGUUCCUUCCAUUUGGGCAGUUGGAGAUGUUACAGAUAGAUUGAACCUGACUCCGGUUGCUUUGAUGGAAGGAGGGGCAUUGGCAAAAACUCUGUUUCAGAAUGAGCCAACAAAACCUGAUUAUAGAGCUGUCCCUUCUGCUGUGUUUUCUCAGCCACCGAUUGGACAAGUUGGUCUUAGUGAAGAACAGGCUAUACAAGAAUAUGGUGACGUUGAUAUCUUCACAGCAAAUUUCAGGCCCUUAAAGGCUACUCUCUCAGGACUUCCAGACAGGGUCUUCAUGAAACUUGUGGUCUGUGCAAAAACAAACAAGGUUCUGGGGUUGCACAUGUGUGGAGACGAUGCAGCAGAAAUCGUCCAGGGAUUUGCUGUUGCUGUGAAAGCUGGCUUGACCAAGGCAGACUACGAUGCCACAGUGGGUAUUCACCCAACAGCAGCUGAGGAAUUUGUCACAAUGAGGACUCCUACUAGGAAGAUUCGAAAGACAUCUGAGGAAAAGAUAGACUCCGAGGCCAAAGCUCCAGCAGGCGUUUAGCAAUGGUCUAGAUCAAUCUGAUUGCACAGUGUAGCUGCUUUUCUUAAGGUUGUCAUCUGGAAGAUUGCAGGUAAAAUCGUAUUUGUGGAAUAAUAGUAGGAGGAUAGUUGGAGAACUUAGAAGCUGACUCGUCAUAGUGAUUGGGCUUCUCGGGGAAGCAUCAACAGUUUUUUUAAAGUUUCAUGUCGGGAACAUCGAAGAAAUUAAGCAAAAGAGAGGGGUCUUAAACAGUAAUGGUUCCAUUACGCUGUCCUAUAAUUUUGCACUUAUCUGCUUGGUGGUGGAUACCUCCAAAAAAAUUAUUUUUCUUUCUAUACCUCUUUGUACAUUAUCAGUGGAAAACAUGUUAGUUGAAGAAUAAACUUUUGUAACUUAUGAUUUUACAUGUUCGGCAAAGAUGUUUUGUUGGAAGAUUUAUGAUUC